AUGCCUUGGACUUCAACUGAAUCAUUUUUAAAAGGUAAAAUUAUCAAACCUUUCUUACCAAAUGAGAAACAUCCAAACUUGAGAAAUCCUCAUUUUCAACAUUUAUACCCAGGGGAUCAAGUGUUAAUUUUUGAAAUUAAAGAUUCAAAAUGGGCAAGAGGUUAUGUUUUUAAAAAACCCAUGCCACAUGAUUAUGUUGCUGCUUCUUUUAGUUUAAAUGAUUUACCAGUUCGAAAGGAAGAGAUUUUAAUUUUUCCAUUAAAAUAUGUUAAAAUCACCGAUGAAAUUCCAUUUCCAAAAUUACAGAUUAAUCAAGAUUUCAACAACAUUGUCGAUUCUAAUCAAAUACCUUCAAUCAAACAAUCUGAAUUGAAUUAUCAAGAAGCAACUGAUGGAAAUGCUCAAGGCAAUACAGAAGUUACCUCAUUACCAAUUCCAUCAUUACCAAUCAAUUUAGAUGAAAAUGAAAAUUUAUAUGAUGAAAUUAAAUUUUCCUUAGAAUUAUUGACCUCACAAAUUUUUGCAUUGUAUUCCAUGGGUGAAUUCAAAUUAUUCAAUAAAUUGUCAUCCAUUUACCUUGAUUUAUAUGAAACUAGAACAAAAUUAAUGUAUGAUUUAUUAACAAAAGAGGAAACUCAAAUUGCAAGGGAAAGUGCCAACUUUUUAUUAAAUAAGAUUUCCAAAAAAUUGGCCUCAAAAUCUGCUAGAAUGAGUUCUGAAUCUCAUGAUUUGGAAAAUGAAGGUAAUGAUGUUGCUGGUUAUAAAUCUAUCUUAUCAAGAGAUUCAAAUACUGGUACAUUAUUAAAUUUAAAGAAUUCUACCCCAUCAAGAAUCGCUUUGAAUAGUGAAUGUGAAGCUUUGGUUCCAAAAUUCCCGAUUAAUGCUCACAAUAAUGCAUAUUCAUAUUCAUUAAAGCCACCACCAAACAAAAAAUUUAAUCAUGAACCUCCGUCACAUAUUUUGGUUGAUUUUAGAUCUGUUUCAGGAUCAUCUGGUUAUUCCCCUCCUGGAUUUGCAGGUACAACUGCUUAUAUGUAUUUGAGAAAUUCUAAAAAGAGAUUAACUGAAGCAUUUGCCGUUCAUACUGAUUCAGUUGAUGAUUUAGUUCAUGUUGAAAAAAUUAGUGCUGCAAUGUUUAGAAAUGUUCCAGCAACUGAAAUUAUUAAUAAUAGAGUUUAUUUAGUUGCAGUUCUAACGGAGGAAAUUGAUUUGAACUUGAAAUCAAAUAAUCAAAUACCAACUUUAAAAAGAGUUAAAAAAGGAAUUGCAGCUGGUGUUGCUGAUAUUACUAGAAUUUUUUCACAAAAUGAAGGUUCAUUAACCUCAGGAGAAGCUCAUAAUUUUUCAAUUAAAUUAUUUGGAUCGUAUUUACCGAAAAAGGGAACAACAAGAGGGACUUCUGAUAAAACUGCUGAAAAUAAUGGUUGGGGUGAAUUAGUUGAUAGAAUUAUUGCUGGUUCAAGUCAUGGAGUUGCAAUUAAUCCAAGAGCAGAAAAAUUAGUUGUUACAGUUAAAGAAUUUAAACAUCAAUUUAAUGGAACUUCGAGCGAUCAAAUUUCAUUAACUGCUCCAAUAGCAAGAAUUAAACCAAUAUUUUAUGAUCCAUUAGCAGAAAAUUAUGAAAGGAUUUAUUUGAAAAUGGGGAAAGUUGUAUUGUUAAACAAUAAUUUGAGGGAAGAUUUAUUAACAUUUGAAGUCAGCACACCUAACAAUGAUUUGAUUACAUUUGCAAAAGCUUCAAAUCAACAAGAAAAGAGGUAUUGGCAAUUUAUUUCAGUUUUUCCAGGAGAAGUCAUUGGAGAGAUUAUUAAAGUUAAUAAUGUUGCAAUGAAAAAUAAAAAAAUAGCCGUGGAAGAUCAUAUUAUAUUGAGUCUUUUCCUUAAUGGUACAUUAAUUGGAGAAGGUAAAUUAUUGUACAAAUCUGGAAAUAGAUUAGUUGAAUUCAAUAAAAGAAAAACUCAUACAAUUGAAAUUAAAUCAUCUGGACAGAACAUUCCAGUCGCACAUAUUGAGUUAAGCACAGAAUAUGUUGGUAAGAUUUAUAAUUCUGAUGUUUCUAUUGAUAAUCUUUUUAAAUAUGAAAGUUUGUUUAAUCAAGGUAUAAAUGGGGUAAACUCAUUGUCGAAUUCAUUAAAUGCUUUUACAAAAUUGGAUAUAUCACAAUUAGUUAAAUAUUUUCCAGAAUUAUUAACUUCAUUAUAUGGUAUUGUUGACAUUUCAAAUCAUGAAACUGGAAAUGAAAUUGAGAUUUUGAAAGAUAAUACAUUUAAAGCAAUUAUUCAUUUAUUAGAUACAUUGUUUGGAAAACAAGAUCAAUAUUUACAUUUAGUUGACGAUUUUUUAUCAAAAUUUAAAAGACUGGACGUUGUUGGUAUAUUUUUAUUAGACAAAUUGACUGAAGUUUUCGCUAAUGCCAAUGUCAAUUGGAAUUCGUUAUCUAGAUCAGUCUGUAGAACUAUGGCAAUAUUAAUGAGAUUGGCGAUAGGAUCAAUAAACUCAAACAAUCACAGAGAUGCUUAUUUCCAAUCUUUGAAUAGUUUGUUUAAAGCUGUUGCUUAUUUCCUUUCAGUUGAAUCUGUUGGAUUAAUUGAUGAUCAAGUUUUGAUUUUAGAUAUUAUUGACUAUGUGUUUGCUUUCCGUACAAAUAUGGAGGAUUCUAAAAUUUUACAAUUAAUGAUUACUUUUAUAAAUUCAUUGGGAGUUAGAGGAACUGGUGCUGACGAAUUGAAUUAUGAUGGAUCAGCUAAGAGUAAAAGUAAAGAUCAUAAAUUAGUUAUUAGCAAGUUGUUGUUGAUAUUAAGAUUAUUACAUACAUCAUUAGUUGAUAAUAAGGAAACUAGAAGCAUUUUAAUUUCAAUGUCAGUUCAAUGGGUCAUGGAAGUAUUCUUGGGUCCAACAGAUGUUGAAGCAACAAGAUUGGGUUGUAGUAUCAUUAAUUCAGUUUGUACAAUCAUGUGGGAAAGAAUUAUACCAUAUAAAGAUGAAGACGAAAUAGAAUUAUGUUAUUCGUUGGCUAAAUUCUUACCACCGCUCUCAAGAACUUUUAUUAAAUACAAUAAAUUCACAAGAGGUAAUGAGUUUUUCAAACCAAAGAGAAAUUUCACUCAAUUGUUUCCUGUCACAUAUCCUUUCAACACUUUUACAAUUGAUCAAGUUGUUAAUGAUGAAGUUAUGGUUGAAGUUUUGGUUGAAUUAGCUGUUUGUUUUAGUUUUGUUGCAAGAGUUGGUAAAGAAGCUGCAGGUAAUGAAGGAUAUGAUAAAAUUUUAAACACUACUUUGAAAAAUGAUUAUUUUGAUCCUGAAAAAUAUUUAGCUAAUAAUUUUCAAACAGAAGAUUUAUUAACAGUUAUAUCUGGUAUUAAAUAUAUAAGACAAGGUAAGUAUUUCCCAGAAGAUAAAUGGUUGUCUUUAUAUUCGGUUAUUAUUGAUGGAUGUCUUUGUGCAUUGGAAUUAAUUAGACCUUUGAUUUUAACCUAUCAAUUACCUCCUAUUGAGCAAGCAGAAGCUUUUGAUAGAAUACUUUGGGGAAAUUAUCUUAAAACUUUAAUGAAGUUAGCAGUAUUGCCUGUUGUUGCUGUUGAACAUUUGUCUACUGUACCCAAAAAAGCAUGUGCUGCUAUCACUAAUGAUGUUAGAAAUAGAGCAGCUUACUUAAUCAACGAGGCUUGGGAUUCAUUAGCUUGGGAAUCAACAGAAGAAGAUGUUAUUAGAUUUAGUUUAAAUAAAUUUGGUGGAUACCAAGUUGAAUUUAUUAAUGAAGAGUUUGGUAUAAUUCCUGAAUUAAUGAUAUUUGGUUUACAAAGAAAUGUUGAAUGUCAAUCUGUAGCUGUUAAAAUAUUAUGGUCAAUAAUUAUAUCAGAAUACAUUUUGAGUGAUAAUCUUAAAGAAGUAGAGAAACAAUGUUUACUUGGUCUUUAUGAUAUUUAUCAAAAAGUUGGUUAUAAUCCAAGUAAAGAAGAUAUGGAUAAUUUCCUUGAAAGAUUAAAAGCAACGAUAAGGUUAGAUAGAGAGGAUGAAGCUUUUAAUGUCAUAUAUGGAUUUAUCAAAAGUAUUACUGCAUUCUGUUCUACUUUAUCUUAUUAUGCAAGUGUUCCAGUUGGACCAGAAUUCGAUGAAGAUAGAGCCUUUCACAAUGUUAAAUUACGUGCUCAAAUCAAAACAGCUGGUAAACCAGAAUUGUUCAACUCAUUUAUCAAUGCAAUGUAUGAGUAUAACAUUAGUAAAAAUGAUUUUGUUCAAGGUGCUUUGAGUUUAGAAUUGAUUGCUUCAACUUAUGAAUGGGAUCAUAAUAAAAUAGUACCUGCAAGUUAUAAACCAAAAUUCCCAGAACAAACAUCAUUCGAAAGAAAAGAAAUUUUAUAUAAAAUGAUUGCAAAUAAUUUUGUAAAAGGUAAUAGUUUGGAAAAAGCUGCUGAUACAUUCAAUGAAUUAUUAGAUUCAUACAAUGAACAUACUUAUGAUUUGAAAAGUUUUGCUUAUGUUCAUAAUAAAUUAUCUCAAUUAUAUUUGGACUUAGAAUCUUCAGAUAAAUUAGAACCUUCAUAUUUUAGGGUUGAAGCUAUUGGUACAGGAUUUCCAAUGUAUAUGAGAGUAAUUUCACAAAUAUAUCAAGGAUUACCAUUUGAACAUAUUACUUCAGUUCAUGAAAGAUUAUUAAAAGUAUUUCCUGGUGCAAUUAUAGUUAGUGAUGAUAGUGAAGCUCAAAAAUUAAAAGAAGAAGGUGGUAUUGGAAGAUUUCUUUAUGUUAAAGCAGUUGAACCAGUUUUUGAAUUUUCAGACAAAUUAUUUAAUACAACUUUAGGUGUUCGUCAAUAUGCAAGAAAUAAAGAUUUAAGAUUUUUUACAAGUUUGAAAAAAAUCCCUGGAUCAACAUCAGUAUUUGAUUUAUGGACAGAACAAACUACUUAUGAAGCAUGGUUGUCAUUUCCAACUUUAAUGAAUAGAUCUUUUAUCAAAGGAUCAACAACUAUCAGAUUAUCACCAAUAGACAAUGCUAUACGAACAGUUACAAAGAGAAAUGAUGAUUUAAUUACAUUAGAGAAUUUAAUCAAUGUUGCAAUUAAAGAUAAAACUGAUUAUUCUGAAUACUUUAAUGAUUUAUCUAGACAAUUAAGUGGAACUGUUGAUGCUCCAGUGAAUGGUGGUGUAAAUCAAUAUAGAUUAUUUUUUACAGAUUCAAAAUAUCAAGAUACCGAAGAAGAUCACAAUAAAGCCAAAUUAUUAUCUAAAGCAUUCAAGGAUUUAGCAAUUAUUUUAAAUCGUUGUUUGAUAUUACAUGGUAAAUUAGUUCCAACCCAAAUGAAAGUAGCACAUACAGCAUUAUUAGAAUUGUUUCAUAAAAAUUUUGCAAUUGAAAUUGAAUCUUUGAGAUUAACAACUGAGGAUGCUCCACCAAGUCAAGUAGCACCAGCUUCAAGAGUAUCAAUUUUCCAAGAUAAAAGAUCAAAUUCUUCAAUGUUUGAUAAAUCUUCAGCAAGUAAUUACAAUUAUGCCCAAUCUCAAAGAACCGCAUCAAUUAAUGGUUCUUCAAUUGCAGGUGGUAUUGGUUCAACCAUUUCUACAACAACAGCAAGAUUAUUUAGAUCAAACACUAAUUCAUCAACAGGUUCAAAUAAAUCAAAUAAUGCAAGGUCAGAAAAUGGAAAUAGUAGUAGAUUCACUUCGAGUGGAUUUUCAAAUGGUACUACCAACAAUUAUAACAACAAUAGUAGUAACACUAGUGCUCAUAAUGGAUCAAUGCAAUAUAGUGUAGGUGGUAAUUCUCAAUUUACAAAUUUGAACCAUCAAAGAAGUAUGCUUGAAGGUAGCAAUGGACAUAGCGGUAACAAAAAAUCAAAACCCUCAGGUAUUCUGAAAUCUACUGCGGUAAACGGUACAUGGUAG